AUGGAUGCUGAGUCGCGAGGAGAAGUUGGAGCGGGUUUGGUUGGAAGAACCUUAACGGGAUGGGUGCAGCGAACUUUCCAGAGCACCCAGGCAGCUACGGCUUCCUCCAGGAAUUCCUGUGCAGCUGAGGACAAAGCCACUGAUCCUCUGCCCAAGGACUGCCCGGUUUCUUCUUACAACGAAUGGGACCCCUUGGAGGAAGUGAUAGUGGGCAGAGCAGAAAACGCCUGCGUUCCACCAUUCACCGUGGAGGUGAAGGCCAACACAUAUGAAAAGUACUGGCCAUUUUACCAGAAGCAUGGAGGCCAUUAUUUUCCCAAAGAUCAUUUGAAAAAGGCUGUUGCUGAAAUUGAAGAAAUGUGCAAUAUUUUAAAAAUGGAAGGAGUGACAGUGAGGAGGCCUGACCCCAUUGACUGGUCCUUAAAGUAUAAAACUCCUGAUUUCGAGUCUACGGGUUUAUAUGGUGCGAUGCCUCGGGACAUCUUGAUGGUUGUGGGCAAUGAGAUUAUUGAGGCUCCCAUGGCAUGGCGAGCUCGAUUCUUUGAGUACCGUGCAUACCGAUCAAUUAUCAAAGACUACUUCCACCGCGGCGCCAAGUGGACAGCAGCUCCUAAGCCCACAAUGGCUGAUGAGCUUUAUGACCAGGAUUACCCCAUCCAUUCUGUAGAAGACAGACACAAGUUGGCUGCUCAGGGAAAAUUUGUAACGACUGAAUUUGAGCCAUGCUUUGAUGCUGCUGACUUUAUUCGAGCUGGAAGAGAUAUUUUUGCACAGAGAAGCCAGGUUACAAACUACCUGGGCAUUGAAUGGAUGCGCAGGCAUCUUGCUCCACACUACAAAGUGCAUAUCAUCUCCUUUAAAGAUCCUAAUCCAAUGCAUAUUGAUGCCACCUUCAAUAUCAUUGGACCUGGUCUUGUGCUUUCCAACCCGGACCGACCGUGUCACCAGAUUGAUCUUUUCAAGAAAGCAGGAUGGACCAUAGUUACUCCUCCAAUACCAGUCAUUCCAGAUGAUCACCCACUCUGGAUGUCAUCCAAAUGGCUUUCCAUGAAUGUCUUAAUGCUAGAUGAAAAACGUGUUAUGGUGGAUGCCAAUGAAGUCCCAAUUCAAAAGAUGUUUGAAAAGCUGGGUAUCAGUACCGUUAAGGUUAACAUUCGUAGUGCCAAUUCCCUGGGAGGAGGCUUCCACUGCUGGACCUGCGAUGUCCGGCGCCGAGGCACCCUACAGUCCUACUUUGACUGACCACACUCGAUGGGGCUUGUGGCGUAGGGACAAGGUCCAUUUUCCUGCUUUAAGAAGUGCAUGAACUAUAGUGCUUUAAACAAUCAUAUCCUUAACAGGGGUCUUAGGCCUUCAUUUUCUUUGUUACAAGGAAAAUAACUUAUGCUAUGUCUUACUUUCUGCUCCUAAGUUUAUUUGCUAUUUGGCUUCAAGCAUAUAGUAACUUGGCCACUAAUACUUAACCAUCUACCUCUGUUUUUAAUUUUCUUUCCAAAAGGCAGCUUGAACUGUUAAUCCUAAUCUUCACUUUUUUUUUUUACUUUUUGUUACACUUGUGAAUGAUCGUAUCACUUCUUUUUUCUUAAUGAAAGAUUUAGAAUAUUCACAAAUCUUAAGUAGAACCAGAUAAUUGUCUCUUUUUCUAAUGAACUUUGGUAAUUUUUAUUUGUUAAA